AUGGCGACACCCAGUUCCUUGACAUCGAUGCUUCUCUUUUUCUGGGACCGUGGGGGGGAUGCAGGUGCGACGAAGGACGACAAGGAAGGCAAUGACGCCUCUGCGUCCUUCGUGGAUGAUUUGUCUCUGGAGGAGUUUAUAAGCCAUGUGUAUGGAACCACUCCGUAUGGGUCUGGCGUCAACAAAACAUUGGGGGAAGGGGUAUCCUCACGUGGCACUCAGGUCAGCAUCCUCACGAAAUCUAGGCUUCUCUGCCCAUUUGAGUGGAUCUUUGCCUCCGCUCCCUCCUCAGACGCCACAACGGGUUGGCAUGCCCUUAGAGUUAACCACUUUGCGUCUAUUCUGCAUACAUGGAGCCAAAUAAGCGCCAGCCUUGUUUCUCCCACCGCGCGCAAGGGCGUAAGUGUCAGUUUCUUUCCAACCAACCUGUCACAUUGUAUUAUGCCCUUUUCAAAAGGUCACUGCUGCAAUGGCGUUUAUCAUGAGGUGCGUGCACACAUUCCGAUUCAUAUUGUCUAUACGCCCUUGCCAGAACGUACUAACGGUGAAGAGCAGGUAGAGUCUACUGAUCUUCAUGCUGCACUGGGGGAGUUUUUGCGGUCUCGUCGUAUGUGCGCGCGUCUACUGCGCAAACUCAUUCACGACGCAUGCUUGAAGCUGAUGUCUGAUGCUGGGUGUUCUGUUCUCAUAUCCACCAGUGAUGAUGUACUGCAACGCGUAAACUCUUUUCCCUCUCUGGGAGACGAAUGCGUGGAUGAGGAGAUGCUUUGUUGCGCCUGCGGAUGCAUCAAGAGGGGCUUUACACCCGUGCAUCAUUUUCUGUUGCCUUUGGGGACUGCCUUGGAGCCCCCCACGUCCAUUGUGUUUAAGGUGGGGAUAGAGGACAAUGAAGCCCCGCUUGGCGUUGUGGCAGGAGAGGAAGGCAAAACCGCUGAAGAGGAUGAGGUGAGGGGAAGGAACGUUACAAUUUUGAUACAUACAGUUGUGCGCGCCACGCGUGCCCGCACAGGUGAUACACCGCGCUGGAAUUCAGACAUAUUGGCGUAUAAGGCGCUGGCAUCACUUCUGCCGGUGCGGUUUGCUGUGCAGGGGGCAAGCAUGAUAGAGGUGGGCGAGGUAGGCGCAGACGGUCGUAUUUGCGCCUGGUCGCAACGCACCGGCGAGGUGGUAUUUAAGGCGGGGGAACAGAUGCAGGAGACGUGGGAGCUAUUGCUGCCGUCACCGAAGCCCCUCUCACCGUGCGUGGCAACGGGACCGACAACGGGCAAGGUGAAGACGCAGCAUAACCCCUACUGCAUGCUCACACGGUCCUUAACCUCUCACGAGUUCCACGCCGUAGACAGUCAAAAUUUUGGGAGCGUCAAGGACGAGGACAGCCGCAGCGUGAGUGAGGAGCUUAGCUGCAACGGCAGAAACUCCUUAGUGCAGGAUAAUAACAAAGACGGUUACCCCAUCUCAAGCUCUUCUGAAAAGGCUGGCGAGGAGGUGGUGGCAGAGCCCUCCGCGGAGGGAGGGGAGGAGGAGGAGGAGGAGGAGGAAGAGGAAUUCUUCCUUGAUGAGACCAAGCAGACCAUUCUAUCAUUAAUGCAGGAACUCUUGGAGUGCGGGCGGCAAGGCAUGGAGCUGCAUCAGGGGCUUCAAUGCCAGUUAUAUUCUCUGCUGCUUCAGUUUGUAUCCGGGACGGAUAUACCGCCACAGCGCAGGAGGAAUCGGGGAGGCAGCAGACGCGACGGUGAGGACGAAACAGGGGCUUUAGCAUUUCUUUCUGCAUUUCUCGGGACAACCGCAGGGGGCGAGAGCGAAGACGCGAUACUUCAGCAGGCCAUAGAAACUCUGACAAACUGUGGGUGCAGGGGCAGCAGCAGCUACGCCACCUUUGACGACUGCGUCAAGGGGGCGGCAGAGGAGAUUCAAGCACUUGAAGAACGUUUGCGUGCCGAGCCGGUGACAAUUGUAAGCGUCAGUAACGACGGAAAGCAAAUUCGAAGCGGCGUCGCAGCCACAAAGCAUGCACGGAAGCGAAAGAACGGCGCUUUCCUCUUUCUCGGUGGAGCGAGAGGUCUUGCGCUGGAAGCUCACAGGGCCACCAAUACAGCGAGCAAAAGAGCGCUCGACAAGAACAAAGACGACAAUGACGGCACCGGCGUUGUGCUGCGGGGCUCCUCGUCAGCGCUUGCGGAGGUACGCCAACUCAUAGACGACACGCUUGCAAAGCUGCGGGCAGCGGUUGCAUGGGGGCGCCAACGGGUCACGGAUCUGUGCUUCACUUGCCAGCUGUGUCAAGGGGUACUGGCUCCCUGCCUGGAGGCCCGCACAAACCUUGUGAAGGCAGAGAAGAAGGCACGCUCUGGCCUGGAAAUUGACUACAUUGUAUCCUCGGAGAUCGCACGGGAGGCAAUUAGCGGAACAAGCAAUGCAGCGAGCGAGGCGGGGGGAGUGGAAGAGGAAGAAGAAGAAGAAGAGGCAAGCGAGAUGAGGGGGACACCUUCAGCUGAGGAGGGAACCUUGAGAGAUGCGACUGCGACGGGUGCGGAGGUGGCAGCUGUGGAGCUUGAGGGGCAGAGCGGUGGGGUAGAGGCAAGAUGGCAUGAACGUACGGAGAGAGCGGCCACCACCCGCACCUCUUCCGCGUCCUUGGUGGCAUCCACCGCAAGAACAAAAAGACGCAAAAACGUUGGCGCACCGAGUGUGCGGCGUCCACAGUCGACGACCUCGCAGGAGUCAGCACCGCUACUUAGUCUGCUGUCGAAGAGACGCAGAAACGGCGGUGUUGAAAGGGCAAGGAAGUCUCUUCCUAUUCCCGCUGGCUCCUUGCCACAGAAGCAGGUUUUGCACAUGACCGUGUUUGUAUUUAUGAUUCUGUGUGGGUUGGGCAUGGUAGUUUUCUUGUUCCCGUGA